AUGUUUAUCGUCAGGAGGGCCGCUGAGGUUUGCGGCGGCCCUCCUGGUUUGCUGAGAACUCGACUUUCUCUCGCCGUAACUCUUCAACGACCGCAUCAACAGCAGCAGCAGCAGCAGCAGCAGCAGCAGCCCAAUGCGAGGCACACUUUUCCGCCGUCAGUGCUCCUCCCUUCUACGUGGGGAUACUCACAGAACUUUGUCUACGAAUGCUCUCCCUUCCGGCGUUCGGGGCCGAAUUCUCUUUUUGGCGCUUGCCGCCCCUUGACGUUUCACCCACAGAGAAGGGUUGUUGGCCACCGCCUCGAAAUCAUGGCUGGGAAACACAGGAAGCGGCGCUUGCUGCCUCCCAAGGUCCCGCUCCAUCCAUCUGCUGCUGCUGCAGCAACAGCGGCACAGCGCGCCGCCCCUGGGAUCACGACUCCGGCGGCGCCACAGCAAGACAUGACUCUCUUCGAAGCAUAUAGAGACCUACAGCUGCGGUGGAAGCGAACGACGCGGCAAUCGCGGAAAAAGUUUUGUAUUGCACGCAAGUGGCGGCAACAUUUGGCAUGCCACCCUAAGCCCGAGCCCUCGUGGCUGCUCUUCCUUCACCCGCAAAUGGGGUCGCCUACAGGCCGCGCAGAGGUCCAUGAGAGCCCCCCACAGCAUUACAAAGUCGGGAGGCGUAGGGCUGCUUCACCGCAGCAGCAGAGUUGCGAUGGCAACACACACGAGCUGCAGCCAUACGAGCUGGUAUCUGUACCGCACCGUCAGCAGCGUCACAUGCAGCAAGAGCAGCAUCAACAACAGCAGCAGCUGCAAGACCUACGCCAGCACCACGGCGAGCAGGGAGAGCAGCAACGUGAACAGCAGCAAGUGCAGCAGGAGGUGACAGUGGGAGAUCUUGUCCAGACAGAGAAGCUGCACAGGAAGCAGGCGGAAAAGCCCAAGUCUGUGGAGCGAGGUGCAGGCGAUAAAGUUGUUUUCGGGACAGUCCUCCUGGCCGGCACUCGCGAGUGGACAUUACUUGGCAAGCCGACGGUUCCUUUCGCACGCGUGAAGGGUGUCAUUGAACAACAGACUCUGGCUGGGGAGACGCUGAGCUUCCGCUACAAGAAGACGCGUCGCUCCUCUCGCUUUCUCAGGCAAGCGGAGUCAAUUCGCCACUGGGUGACUUUGGUCCGAAUCGAGGAAAUUGAAGUCGACGUUGCAAUGAAGGAUGACCCCCCACCCGAACCACCGAAGCGUUUGCUGGACCUCUGGGCUAAUCGAUGGCUGUACCCUGAGGAAAUGGAAGGCAUAAAGACUGAUGCUGACGGGAAGCCCUUAGUAGAAGGUGGCUGCCCGACCCCAAGGCAACGCAUUGGAAACGAUGAGUUUCAACUUGUCUAG